CAUCACACUCUUGAUUGAGUACGAAAGCUAGAACACCAGAUUUAAGCAAAAGACAUCUCCAUUUUUAAAAAGCACUCGUCAUGUCCAUCAAGUCUCUUGUGGUGCUCCUUUGCGUGACUGCUGUGUUUUUGUGCACGGCAGAUGCUACCAUAACUGUGAACGACUGUCAUGGCGGUAAUUCUGCAAUUAGAUUAACGAAUUUUAACGUCGAGAACGGCUACAUCCCCCUUGCGGGAGGCCAGCGUGAUAUUAGUGGAACAGUGUCCGUAAACGUUGGCACCUCCCAAGUGACUCAAGUGCAGGUUAAAGUGGAAUACGCAAAGGCAGCAGUUUCGUUCCUGUCAAUCAAUUUGUGCGAUCGUGCUGAGUUGAGUGAAUAUUGUUCCGGAAGUGGAAGGACUUUGAGUUGCAGUCAAUUCGCUACGUUAAUGGGUGGUACUGGUCUCUGUUCUGGUUCUGGACUAUUCCAGAAUCAUAACUUUGACUUCAAUGUUAGGCCAACCAUUCCAUCUACUACUACAUUAAAGUUAUCUGGGAGUGUUUCAGCAAAGGCCGUUUUCAGGGUUGGAGGACAGCAAGUUGGAUGCAUGACUAUAUCAAUCCCGGUCCAUAACUAAACCGUACACCAUUGUAUUCCAUUUAGUGUAGAGAUAAAAUAUAUAGAGGGUUUCCAUUCUUGAAUGAUGUCAGUAGACAGUAUUUUGGCCUUCUAUCGUUGUACCCGUCGAGACUGUCCUAGCCUUAUUGUAGUAUAUAUACACCUUUUUCAAAAAACGUUGUCGGUAGGAGAUCUAAAAUCUAAAAUCUGAAACCUGAGACACAGUAACACGCUGCAAAUAGACGAUUUCCGAGAUGCGCGAGCGCUUUCAUAAAUAUCGCAGGCGCAGAAAAGAAAACGAGGCAUUUUGGGGCAAAGUUCAUUUAAAACCUUUGGAAACCAUAGAGCUAUAAGCGAGUUCUACAACACUCAAAGAAAACAUUUUGUCUGAAAUGAAAAUUUUUCACAAAAAAGUCAUUAUCCUGAUUCAGAACUAAAAAACUCCAAAGUAUUUUAUCAUUAACAUAUUCAAAAAAAAAUUAUAUGUGUUUUCUAUAAUUUAUAGCAGUUUUCUAAUAAACGCGCGUAAGAUCUUGCCCGAAAAUGCCUCGUUUUCGAUGUGAGCACGCCGGCGAUACUCAUUUGACAGCGCAUAUCGGUAAUCGUCUAGUGUAAUAUAUUUAAUGUCAAACAACGUAGUUUCCUUUUAAUUUGGAAUAUGAAGCAAGACAUUUGAGUGAGAAUUGCAAUUUUUCGUAUUUCACCCAGAAAACAUAAAAUCMCAAAUAUUUCGUUUAGUAGUCUCAGAUCGCCAUUUCAGAUCUCAGACCGACAACGCUGCUUGAAAUUAGAGUAUAAGCGUUCUUGGUAAUGUUGGCCUAACAGAGGAAACUGUUGCCGUAAAUCAGGGUAAUGAGCCGUUUCCAUAUCGAUUAAGGGACUUGGUAAGAUCGUUAAAAAAAUUUCAAUUAUGUUUGGAGGAACAAUAACCAAUGAUGUGGACGAGCUGCAUAAAACAAAACAGCGUAUCGACCAAGUUUAUUUUAAACCGCUUACAAUAUAUAAUCAAUUCCUUGAGCAUUCAAAGACUGCCAAAACUAUAGAGAAAUAUGCCCGUAUCCCUCUAAACGUUAUACCAACCAUACAUUCUUUGCAUAUUGAAAUGUUUUAAACAAUAUUUCGUUAUACGAUUUGCACAAACUUGAUCAAAUUUUCAAUUCUCAGUCAAUUUCCAGUCCCUUGCUCGAUAUGGAAAUGCCUCAUUCAAGAGUUUUGUACUUUAGCUAAAAGCAAAGUGUUGUCUUAUUUCCUUCUUCGACUAUUUGAGGUUACUCCUACAGUGUGACAAGGUCUUGUUUGUUUUUGCUGUUUUUAAAGCCUAUUAAUCGUAAAAGGCCAACUUGUAAUAGAAAAGAAAUAGAACAUUAAAGAAGAAUAAAAACUCACUUAAAAACA